UCUAAUAGCCUCGCGCUGUGGGUUACCUCUAUUGUUGCUUUUGGUCCGUUGCCAGUUUGUAACGUUAAAAGUCCAGCACUGAUUUAGUUAGUGGUGUCCUCGAUGGUCAUUCUGAUACGCGUCAUUCUGUUAGCGUUUACCGCGAUAUGACUCAUGCGAGCGCCAUUUGGACGACAAAACUUCUGCAUCAGUUAGCUGAUAGGAUCCAGAAUGUCAUUGACAAGACUACAGAAGAUCAGGCUGUGAAGCAAAUCGAUUGCGCGAUCAACUCUGCGACUGUGCACCCGUUUGAUCCUUUCUCUUCGUUAGACCUACACAAGAUGGUAAACGACGUUUCUGGUGAAAUUGGUCGGGGUGAAAGGCAACGUUUCAAUACGCCGAGUGAGAUGGCAUUUGUUAGGUCGAAGCAUUCGCAACGUGCGGCAAGUCUUAGUAGAUCUAUGGUGGCAAUGCUUGCGCAUUCUGAACAGACAGACAUGGAAAUGGACCGUUGUAUCGAGUUGCUGUUUGCGCAAAUCGAUAACAAUAUUCGUACGCUUGCCCCAAGAAUAUCCGCUGCGAAGAUCAAAGCUUCUAAGCUUUCAACGCAGUUGCGCGAUGCCGUUGAGGCUUCAUUCACCGAUUUUCUCGCUGGAGCUAAGACCGCUGGAAUUGAGAAGAAUAUGGUUCGGAAAAAGCCAAGUCCGGCAUUUCUUUCCCGAAUGUCCAUGCCAGCUGUGCGAACAGGCUCUACGAACGAGCCAGAUGACAUUCCUUCUGAUGUCAAAAACGUUCCGGAUGAUGCUGAACCAGCAGCGAAACGUGGGAAAAGUUGUUCAUCCGAAACGCUUGCACCGCUAGUGAACGACGACGGACGUGCUGAGGGACAGGAGAGUGAACAGAUGUCAGUGGAUACCCUCCGCGAUAUAAUCAAGUUAGUGUCUGGAAGACAGUAG